CCAUGUUUGUUCAUCAUUAUUAUCUGGUGUUUGGCUGUAUACUCUCACUUGUGUACGGCUCGGACGAAAAGUGUCUUACAAAGAAACUUGUGACCUUUAACACCGGACUACAACCGAGUACUGUUAAGUAUUACGAUGAGAGAAGAGAACUAUUGGUUCCCGCCCUAAAAGACUUACGUAGUGAUGUCAUUUGCUUACAAGAGGUUUUUUAUGGGAGGGAUGUUAAAGAAACAGUACAUAGAUUAAUGUUUACUUAUCCGUACUCGUACAGUUCUCUCCACGAUAGUCAUGGUAGGCUUAGCUAUAGUAUGAUGCAGAAAGCUCCUUGCCAAGGAACUAAGAGCAUGCAGUUUUUAACAUGUUUCAGUCAAAAAUGCCACCCAACUGGUCAAACCUUGCUUGGACUUCUAGAUUGUGCUCUCAAACAAUGCAAAAUGCUUGAGUUGUCUGAUUUUUGUAUAACUUGUAUCUUAGUUAGUGGUCCAGAGCACAUUUCUAAACAUUGCUUAGGACCACAAGCACUCCAGAUGAACAUUCCAGGAUUGUUAGUGUUAAGUAAACGGAAGUUAUGGACUCCUAAACGUACACCAUUCAUUCAUGGAGUUAGGCCAUUCUUCAGAAGGGAAUUUAUAACGGCGAGGGUACAAGAGUUAGGAGAAAUAAUGUGUACUCAUCUGACACCUGCAAAUGAUACAAUUGCACAAGUGUUCCAAUCUUCCUUCUUUGCUGACGGAGAGACAGAAAACCUGUUUGAAACGAUAUCAUUAUUACGUCACAUCCGACAUGAAAAAGACAUCUUAUUGAUGGGUGACAUGAAUUCUGGACCAUCUAUAUCAUCUAGGCAUAUACAUUAUGUGACAUCAGCGUCUUUUGAACAGUUUAUGAAAGGUAAUCUGCGUUCUCCCUACGCAGAGCUGGUAGGAAAACCUACGUAUUCACCACACGAAAACACAUUGACAUCUGGACACGAUGAUACCAGCAUUAUAGAUCAUAUUCUCACCCGUGGAUAUAAAAUUUUAGGAGCUAAGAGAGUACUUGACCAACUUUCGCCUGAAAAGGAGUUCCCAUUGUCUGACCACUACGGAGCAGAAAUAUCUGUGCGCACUAACUGUCGCAGCGAUUUGAAAGACUCGGAACAUUUGAUUGAUUAAAGCAGGCGCAUUAUAUUUGGCUAAGCGAUCUAAUAUUUUAGGUCUAUUUAUGUUCUUUGCAGCGAUUACAUUUAAUUUU